AUGGCUAUCUAUAAAUGGUUGGCUUUUUCUUUAGUGGCUACAGCUACUGCCCAGUACUUCCCACCCACGCCAGAAGGACUGAAAGUGGUGAAUUCAAAGCACGAGGAAGGCGUCAAAAUCUCAUUUAAGCAGCCGAGGAUCUGUGAGACCACCCCGGGGGUCAAAUCAUACUCUGGCUAUGUGCAUUUGCCCCCAGGAUCCCUGGACGAUGUGGGAGUUGAGCAAAAGUACCCUAUCAAUACCUUUUUCUGGUUCUUUGAAUCCCGUCAUGAUCCCAGGAAUGCACCAUUGUCUAUAUGGAUGAAUGGCGGGCCGGGGAGUUCUUCCCUAAUCGGCCUCAUGCAAGAGAAUGGCCCUUGUACAGUGAAUAAGGAUUCCAAUUCAACCGAACUCAAUCCUUGGUCUUGGAACAAUUAUGUCAAUAUGCUGUAUAUUGAUCAGCCAAAUCAGGUCGGGUUUAGCUACGAUGUCGCUACUAAUGGCACCUUUGAUCAGAUCAAUGAGGUCUGGGAUGUGUCAGAGUGGAGCCACGGAGUUCCAAAGCAGAACAACACUUUCUAUGUUGGUACCACCACCAGUCAAAAUGCAAGUGCGAGUGCAAAUGGCACAGAAAAUGCAGCUCGUUCGUUAUGGCACUUCGCCCAGACCUGGUUCUCUGAAUUUCCCCAUUACAAGCCGCAUGAUGAUCGUGUGAGCAUUUGGACAGAGUCAUACGGCGGUCGAUAUGGCCCAUCGUUUGCCGCUUUCUUCCAAGAACAAAAUGAGAGGAUAACCAAUGGUAGCAUCACUGCUCCUGGAGAGUCGCACUACAUUCACUUGGAUACGUUGGGCAUUAUCAAUGGUUGCGUUGAUCUGCUCCUACAACAGCCGACAUACCCUAAGAUGGCAUACAACAAUACCUAUGGCAUCGAAGCAAUUAACAAGACUGUAUAUGACCGAGCGAUGGAUGCGUGGAGCCGUCCGGGUGGAUGCCAGGACAAAAUCAAGAAAUGCCGGGCUCUCGCAGCCGAGGGCGAUCCACAGAUGCAUGGAAAUAAUAAUACCGUCAACAAGGCCUGCCACCACGCAGACCAAUUUUGCAGCAAUAACGUCGAGGGUGCCUACGUGGAGUAUUCAGACCGCGGUUACUACGAUAUUACACACAAGAAUCCAGACCCAUUCCCACCACCGUACUUCCUUGGAUUUCUGAACAAGAAUUGGGUACAGAGUGCGCUGGGAGUACCGAUCAACUACACUGAAUCUAUUGAUAGUGUUUACAAGGCUUUCACUUCAACAGGAGACUACCCACGCUCCGACGUGCAUGGCUAUCUUCACGACCUGGGCUACGUUUUAGACUCGGGUAUCAAAGUGGCACUUGUCUAUGGCGACCGUGACUAUGCCUGCAACUGGAUUGGUGGUGAAGAUGUGAGUCUACAGGUCAACUAUGCCAAUGCAGAUAAAUUCCGUGCUGCAGGAUAUGCACCGCUGAAGACAAACUCGUCGUAUAUUGGCGGCCAGGUCCGUCAGCAUGGUAACUUCUCUUACACCCGAGUCUACCAGGCAGGUCAUGAAGUUCCUGCCUAUCAACCACAAACAGCGUAUGAAAUCUUCCAUCGUGCUCUCUUCAACCGUGAUCUGGCAACAGGCAAGGUUGAUACUGCAAGAAAUGGAUCAUAUUCUACCACUGGCCCUGAAUCUACAUGGGAUAAGAAGAAUGAAGUAUUCGACAGUCCAGUUCCCGUGUGUUAUAUUCUAUCACUCGAGGGAACUUGUACUCAGGAUCAAAUUGCCAGUGUCAUCAACAACACGGCCAAAGUCAAGGACUACCUUGUUUUAGAAUGA